AUGCCAUUCGAAUGCGAGCCAUUCUACAUGCGCCCGUUCCUGAUAAUAAAGUUUAUCUUCGUCGGCUUCUACACAGUCUUGGUCUUCCUCAUCCCAAUAGUGGUGGCAAUAGCGAUCAUCUUCAUCGUAUUUUUCUUCUUCUUCGGUGUACUUGCAGUGGGAUUUGGCUGGCAGGGGGAUUCUGAUGAGGUUAAAGCGAAGAGAGAGAAGGAGAAGAAGGAGCGUGAACAUGAGAUUCAGGGGAAGUCGGGUGCAGAACUAUCUACUUCUACUGCUCCGGUGCCUACGAGUGGAUCUUGUGAUACAUUCGACUCGGAAAAACGUCUUGAGAUUGAGAUUGAACUUCUUGGGGAAAUGGUAGUUGCUAGGAAGGAGAGAUUGGCGGCUUUGAAGAAAAUGGAUUCGGCAGAUGGGUCAGAUUUGGAGGUUUUGGAGAAGAUGGAAUAG